CGGAAACUUAAUCCGAUCCACCAAACAAAAAUCCCUGUCUCUCGCGCAGGGCACCGCCACGCGCGCCUCAUCCGGUACCGCCAUGACGAGCGCCUCCGAGCUCUUCAUCGCGCGCCGCGCCGCCCGUGGGGCCCGCCUCUCCGACCCCGACCCCGACCCGGACCCGCACCCCGUCGCGCUCCGGGACCAGCAUGGACUCGGCGGCCGGCGCCAGCGCCGCGGGUGCCGGCCGCGACGCCAGCUCGACGCCGCCGGGGACGUGCGCCAGCACCUGCACACCGGGGCCCCGCCACCGCGUCGCCGCGGAUCGUACACCGCACUGGACUACCAUGUUGCACAAAGAGUGAAACGACAAACGAGCCUUGUUCAUUAUAGUAGCAGUGAUCGAGCUUGGCAUCAUGUAGUCCUGACGGCUUUGUGCGAUUGUAGCUCUUCCGCCAGUGAAAAUUUCGUAGAUGACGCAGGAUCAGAUCUUAUCCUACAUAGACAAUAACAACUUUGGGGAUUCUGCAUCUCGGAGGAACAGACUCGAUAGGCUGAUGUUCAGGACAAAUGAGCGGCUUCCUGGUGCUGUACUGCAAGCACAAGCACGUGUCCUGGAGAGACUCAGAGGCAUUUCUCUUGGUUCAUCUGCCUCCAGGCCAUCCAUCUCAUUAGAUGAAUUUUCCGCUAACGAUGUAUUUAGAAUCAUCGACUUCAGAAACAGGGAAACGUGGCAUGAGGCAAACCGGCCCCACUCAUCGUCGUUCCACCUAGGCAGUGAAUCAGAUGAAGAAAGACCAAACGUCAGCUCCGUUAACUCCAACCGGUCAACUGGACUUAGCAAGGCGGCUUUCCUGCGUCUGCAGAUUGAGAUUUUUGAGGCUAGCAAAGAUGAUAACAGAGAGGCUUCACCAGAAUGCUCUAUUUGCCUUGAUGGAUUUUACGACGGAGAUGAGCUGAUAAGGUUGCACUGUGGCCACAGGUUCCACUCGACAUGCUUGGAGCCAUGGGUGAGGAAAUGUUCAGACUGCCCAUACUGUCGGACAAAUAUACGGUCACAAUCCUGAUGGCAAACCCUUAGUUCUGAACAAGAUUAUAACCACCGCGAAGUUCAACUGCUGUAAAUUCGCUGUUGCGGGCACCGCGUUCCAGUUAGUCUGGUGCUCCAAUGGUUGCGUGUCAUUUCUAAUAUACUGAAUGUUUUGUGUUGUUGUGUGGCUCAAAGAGGCAUAUGGUGUUGUGUGCU